AGAGGAUAAACAAACAAAUGGACAGAGAGAGAGAGAUAGGAUACACAAAACACAAAGGGACAGAGAGACGGAGAGAGAGGAUACACAAAACUCAAGGGGCAGAGAGACGGAGAGACUGGAUACACAAAACACAAAGGGACAGAGAGAGAGAGAGAGAGGAUAUACAAAACACAAUGGGACAGAGAGAGAGGAUAUACAACACAAAGGGACAGAGAGAUGGAGAGAGGAUACACAAAACACAAAGGGACAGAGAGAGAGAGAGGAUAUACAAAACACAAAGGGACAGAGAGAGAGGAUACACAAAACACAAAGGGACAGAGAGACGGAGAGAGAGGAUAAACAAAGGGACAGAGAGAGAGAGAGAUAGGAUACACAAAACAAAGGGACAGAGAGACGGAGAGAGAGAGGAUACGCAAAACACGGAGGGACAGAGAGAGAGAGAGAGAGAGGAUACACAAAACACAAAGGUACAGAGAGAGAGAGAGAGAGGAUACACAAACCACAAAGGGACAGAGAGACGGAGAGAGAUGAUACACAAAACACAAAGGGACAGAGAGACAGAGAGAGAGCAUACACAAAACACAAGGGGCAGAGAGACGGAGAGACUGGAUACACAAAACACAAAGGGACAGAGAGAGAGAGAGGAUACACAAAACACGAACGGUCAGAGACGGCGAGAGAGAGGAUACACAAAACACAAAGGGAUGGAGAGACGGAGAGAGAGGAUACACAAAACACAAAGGGACAGAGACGGAGAGAGAGGAUACACAAAACUCAAAGGGACAGAGAGAGAGAGAAUAUACAAAGCACAAAGGGACAGAGAGACAGAGAGAGAGCAUACACAAAACACAAAGGGACAGAGAGAGAGGAUACACAAAACACAAAGGGACAGAGAGACGGAAAGAGAGAGAGAGAGAAGAUACCACAAACACAAAGGGACAGAGAGAGAGAGAGGAUACACAAAACACGAACGGACAGAGACGGAGAGAGAGGAUACACAAAACACAAAGGGACAGAGAGACAGAGGGAGAGGAUACACAAAACAGAAAGGGACAGAGAGAGAGAGAGGAUACACAAAACACAAAGGGACAGAAAGAGAGGAUAUACAAAACACAAAGGGACAGAGAAGGAGAGAGAGAGAGAGAGAGAGGAUACACCAAACACAAAGGGACAGAGAGAAAGAGGAUACACAAAACACAAAGGGACACAGAGAGAGAGGAUACACAAAACACAAAGGGACAGAGAGAGAGAGGAUACACAAAACACAAAGGGACAGAGAGACGGAGAGAGAGAGAGGAUACACAAAAUACAAAGGGACAGAGAGAGGAUACACAAAACACAGAGACGGAGAGAGAGAGGAUACACAAAACACAAAGGGACAGAGAGACGGAGAGAGAGAGGAUACACAAAACACAAAGCGAUAGAGACAGAUAGGAUACACAAAACAGAGAUGGAGAGAGAGAGGAUAGACAAAACACAAAGGGACAGAGAGAGAGAGGAUACACAAAACACAAAGGGACAGAGAGAGAGAGAGAGAUAGGAUACACAAAACAGA